UCUUUAAAGUUAAAUGUGAUUUGAGUGCGUUCGUGUUCACAAAUCGAUGCGGGCGCUUUAAAAUUGUAAUAAAUUAUUUUUUAAUACAAAAAAAAAGAAAUAAAAUUAUAAGAAAUUGCUUUCAUUUAUAUAAAGUAAAAUAUUUUAAAGAAAAGUGUUAAGUUUAUUAAGUUAAACCAAAAGAAAAGUUUAAAGAAUAACAGACUAAAAAUAAAACAAAAAAACUUGUUGUUACCAGAGUUAUAGACCUCUCUUAAACAAAUAUAUACACAAAUUGCAAAAUAUAAAACCAUAAACAUCAUUUACCAUUGUUGUUGGGCCAAAGGAAAAUCAUCAUCAAUAAAAAAAAAACAAGUAGUAAUCAUUAGACCAGACCCAGUGUGCUGCUAAACUAAAGGAUUUGCUAUCACUCAUCCUUACAACUUGUUGGUUCUUAUAAAAACACUCAAAGAGUUAUAAAAUCCAUCACCUAGCAGUAAAGAGAGAGAGAGCAAAAGAGUAGUUGCUUAAUUGUUGAAUUAGAGUUGCCACACUCUAAACGCUUUAAACCAGUUAAAUAAACCCAGCUUAACUACAAAGUUAAAAGCAAACUAAUAAUAACAAAAUGUUUAUCGAAGAUGAUGCACAAAUGGAGAGCUUCUGGAUACAGAGCGCUAUUGGGGCCAUUAAGGCCAUUGCAUUUGUCUGUGAUAUAAUCACUUUACCGGUAUAUUUGGUUUUACAAAGACCCUGGAAACGAAGACAAGAAUCUAAACGUGUUAAGGCAAAAAUUAUUAGCAAUGAUGAGGCGGCUCUAACUUAUCGCACAACGGAACCACCCAGAGAGACACAUAUCAAAAUGCUGCAGGACAACAUAGAUACUCUCGAAAAGGUUUUCAAUUAUGUGGCUAAAACUCACUCCUCGAAACGUUGCCUGGGCACUCGUCAAAUUCUCAGCGAAGAGGAUGAGCUACAGCCCAAUGGUCGUGUCUUCAAGAAAUACAAUAUGGGCGAAUACAAAUGGAAAAACUUCAUAGAGGCUGAACGUAUGGCGGCGGCUUUUGGUCGGGGUCUGCGCGAAGUUGGCCAAGAACCUCGCAGGAAUAUUGUUAUUUUCGCUGAAACACGUGCUGAAUGGAUGAUUGCUGCUCAUGGCUGUUUCAAACAGUCCAUGUCCAUUGUUACCGUCUACGCUACUUUGGGUGAUGAGGGUGUGGCCCAUUGUAUUAGUGAAACUGAAGUUACCACUGUCAUUACAUCGCAUGAUUUGUUGCCUAAGUUUAAAGUGUUGUUGGACAAGUGCCCUCAAGUCGAUACGAUUAUUUAUAUGGAAGAUCAAUUGCAUAAAACUGAAACCACUGGCUUUAAGGAGGGCGUUAAGAUUUUACCCUUCUCCGAAGUAGUGCGCAAAGGUCAAGAAAGUAAAUUUGAAAAUGUUCCUCCCAAGGCUGAUGAUAUUGCCAUUGUUAUGUACACAUCUGGCUCAACUGGCACACCCAAGGGCGUCUGUUUGUCACACAAAAAUUGCAUUGGCACCAUGAAGGGUUUCGUUGAUAUGGUGCCCAUUUAUCCCGAUGAUGUUUUAAUAGGCUUUCUUCCAUUGGCCCAUGUCUUUGAAUUGGUGGCCGAAAGUGUUUGCUUAAUGACCGGUGUACCCAUUGGUUACUCCACACCCUUGACUCUAAUCGAUACUAGCAGUAAAAUCAUGCGCGGCUGCAAAGGUGAUGCUACUGUUUUGAAACCCACUUGCAUGACCACAGUACCGCUUAUUUUGGACCGCAUCUCUAAAGGCAUUAACGACAAAGUCAAUUCCGGUUCGGCCUUCAAGAAAGCGUUAUUCCAAUUUUUAUAUCAAUACAAAGUUAAAUGGUUCCAAAGAGGUUAUGAUACUCCUUUAAUUGACAAAUUGGUUUUCAAAAAGGUGGCCAAACUUAUGGGCGGUCGUGUACGCAUUAUGAUGUCUGGUGGUGCUCCUCUAUCGCCCGAUACCCAUGAACAAAUCAAGACCUGUUUGUGUGUGGAUUUGAUUCAGGGUUAUGGUUUAACAGAAACCACUUCUGGAGCUACUGUUAUGGAUUACCGUGAUACCCAAUAUGGCCGUGUGGGUGCUCCUUUAACCGUCUCCGAAAUACGUUUAGUCAACUGGGAAGAGGGUGGCUAUAGAAUAACCAACAAACCUUAUCCUCAAGGUGAAGUUUUGGUUGGUGGCGAAUGUGUUUCCAUGGGCUAUUAUAAAUUGCCCACAAAAACCGCUGAGGAAUUCUUUGAAGAGGAUGGCAAACGUUGGUUCAAAACCGGUGAUAUUGGUGAAAUGCAUCCAGAUGGCGUACUUAAAAUCAUUGACCGUAAAAAGGAUUUGGUUAAAUUACAAGCCGGCGAAUAUGUGUCCUUGGGCAAGGUGGAAUCUGAAUUGAAGACCAGUCCCUUGAUUGAAAACAUUUGCGUGUAUGGUGAUCCCACCAAACAAUUCACCGUGGCUUUAGUGGUGCCCAAUCAAAAGCAUUUGGAGGAUUUAGCACAACGUCAGGGCUUGGAAAGCAAAUCAUUUGAGGAUCUCUGCUCCAAUCCGUUAAUGGAAAAGGCGGUCAUUAAGGAAAUGGCCGAACAUGCCAGAAAAUGCAAAUUACAAAAAUACGAAGUACCCGCCGCCAUUACUUUGUGCAAAGAAGUUUGGUCACCUGACAUGGGUUUGGUAACAGCUGCCUUUAAACUGAAACGCAAAGAUAUUCAAGAUAAAUAUCAGCACGACAUCAAUCGCAUGUAUGCCUCAUGAAAGUGACUAAAUCAUUAGUUUUAGUUUUACUAAACAAUACAACAAAACAACCAACAAACCAGCAUCUAAAUGAAAGUUAAAACUUUAUUUGAAAUAAUAAUAUUAUUAAUAACAUUUUCUUUUCUUAAUUUCACCCUAAAAUCUUCUCAUACCAAAACCACGUCCUCCCCCCUUCUUCCCCUUUAACUUUCUCCUUGACCUUUAAUAUAAUUUUUUCUUUGAAAACUUUAAAUUUUCUUAAUUAAUUUCAUUUAAAACAACCCCUGCCCCCAGCAAUAUUUAAAACUUUAAAAAUACUAAAAAAAAACCUUAAGUAAAUAACUUAUUUAUUUAAAAUAAAAAGUAAACAAAACAAAAAUUACACAAAUAAAUUAAACAAAACAAAAACAAACUUAUAAUUAUAAAUUACCCUAACAAAUGAAAAGAAAACUAGAGAAAAACCUUUAAAAGUAAAAAAAAAAGAAAACCACAAGUAAAUUAAAAAAAAUUAAACUUGCAAAAUUAAUAGCAUAUAAAACAACAAAUUAAUUUAAUGGUUUAAUUUAAAACAAAAAACACAUGAGAAACAACAUAAACAAUAAUAAUAAUAACAAAACAACAAAAUUAACUUUGUAAAAUAUUGAUCUUUAAACAUUUAUUAUUAAUACUAUUAUUAUAACUAUAAAAACAAAAGUUCUAAAGUUUUUUUUUUAUUAAAUUAAAUGGAAACAAAAUCCAAAUAUUUUUUGAAAUUGAAUUUUUUGUUAAAUGAAUUAAUUAUUUUUUUCUAAAAAUUUAAGUAAGUUUAUUAAAUGAAUACUUUUUUUUUUAAAUUUCGUUGAAAAAAGUACCAAAUAUUUAGUACUUUUUUCAUAAAGUUAAUUGUUUAUUUUAGUUUAAACCACCUUCCUCUUAAUUUUUUUUUGUUUUUUAAAAAUUAUUGUAAAUUUUUAUUAUACAAUCAUUAUUACUAUUACUAUUUCUAUUAUUAUUAUUUUUUAUUUUAUUUUGAAAUUAGCUUUUAGUACUAAUUGCAAAUUGUUAUUAAUUAAGUGUAUUAAGUACUUUUUUUUUUUAAAUAGUAAAGCUAAAUUUAAGAUUUAGUACUAAACAGUUAAAAUGUUUGAACAUUUUAUUGUUUAUUAUUAUUUUUCUUUUUAGAGAAGACUUAAGAAAGAGCCAGUAAUUUUUAAUAAAAACAAGAGAAAAACAUAAAAAAUAAAUGAAUAAAUUAUAAAAAAAAAAUAAACACAAAAAACAUGUAA